GAGAGAGAGAGAGAGAGAGAGAGAGAGACUUUUACACAGCGGCGCAGAAUUUCGUCCAGAACGACGGUGGCUUUCAUGGAGCGCGUACGCGGCGGAUUGUAAACGAUAUACCGUGCGAAGCGGAGCGGACCACUCACACGGACGGGCGCGCUUUCUCUCCCUCCUUUCUCUUUCUCUCUUUCUCUUUCUAUCUUUCUCUCUUUCUCUCCAUCCUUCUCCUUCUCUCCUUCAUUCCAGUCUGUCUCUCCUCCGUCUGUCGCUUCGCGAUCACGGACGGUACGACGCACGCUCCCUUUCUUGACGUAUCCCCGCCGCCGCCGCCGGUCGCCGGAGAUCCUCAGUCUCGCGGUAAAGGACGUCGCGUGAGCUUCAGAGUUUCAGGCCGUCUAAGAGGAAGAGGACAUAAAGAUGGCAGAGGACAAGAACGAGACCAGUCCGAGCGCCGAGGGCGAGAAGCCGCCGCAGGAAACGGCGGCAGCGGCGCCGCCGGCCAAGGAAGAGCCGACGAAGGAGCGCAAGGAGGACGAGAAGAAAGUCGAGGAGAAUGGCGAAGGCGAGAAGCCGAAGGAGAACGGCGAGGAGAAGACCACGCCGGAGCCGAAGGAUAUGCGGGCGAUCGUGCUCAACGGUUUCGGCGGCCUCAAGAGUGUCAAGGCCCUGAGGAAGCCGGAGCCUGCCCUUGGCGAGGGAGAGGUCCUUAUACGCGUCAAAGCCUGCGGAUUAAACUUCCAGGACUUGAUGGCCAGGCAGGGCGCGAUCGACUCGCCUCCGAAGACCCCGUUUAUCAUGGGCUCAGAGUGCGCGGGUGACAUUGAGCAAGUCGGCGAGGGGGUCGAAAAUUUCAAAGUGGGCGAUAGGGUGGUCGCUCUUCCUGAUCACAAAGCGUGGGCGGAGCUGGUCGCCGUACCGGCGACAUCCGUUUUCGCACUACCGCCCGGAAUGAGCUACCUCGACGCGGCCGCCAUCACUAUGAAUUACACCGUAGCUUACAUUCUGCUCUUCGAGCUGGCCCAUCUCACGCCCGGAAAGAGCUUGCUGCUUCAUAGCGCCGGCGGCGGUGUGGGUCAAGCGGUGGUACAGCUCGCGAAAACCGUGAAGGACGUAACCAUCUUAGGCGUGUGCAGCAAAUCAAAGCAUGAGGCUCUUAAAAAUGCUGGAACUAUCGAUUAUCUUCUGGAACGCGGUGCGGAUUACAGCAACGAAGUCAGAAAAAUCUCCCCGGAAGGUAUAGACAUCGUUUUAGAUUGUCUAUGCGGCGAAGAAUGUAACAAGGGCUACGCCCUCUUGAAGCCAAUGGGCAAGUACAUUCUCUAUGGAUCCAGCAACGUCGUCACCGGGGAAACUAAGAGUUUCUUUUCCGCAGCACGAUCAUGGUGGCAAGUCGAUAAAGUGUCGCCCAUAAAGCUGUUCGAUGAAAACAAGACAUUGUCCGGAUUGAAUCUACGCCACUUGAUGUACCAGCAAGGUAGUCACGCGUUCGUUCGACGGGCGGUGAAUCAAGUGUACACGCUGUGGAGCGAGGGCAAGAUCAAGCCAACGGUGGAUUCAACAUGGGCACUCGAGGAUGUGCCCGAGGCCAUGCAAAAAAUGCACGAUCGCAAGAACAUCGGUAAGAUCGUGCUGGAUCCGAGUCUGGAGCCGAAGCCCAAACCAGCUACGCCGGCUAAGGGCAAAGCGAAAGACAAGAAGGCCGCGAAUCAGGAGGAGAAAAAGGCGUCUAGCGUAGAGUCGGAGGAAGGGGAGAAGAAGAAGGAACCCGAAUUGACAAACGGUACCUCAGAAGACAAAUCUGAUAGCGAUUCGAAAGAGAAGGAAUCUAGCUGAAUUAGCAGUAGUAACUAAUCCUAUAAGAACAAAGAAAUGAUACCCAUAAACAUCAAGAAUUCCCAGGAAAGUACUAUUGCUGAGAGAUCCAUCGCUGUUAUCCGAGAGAAUGAUAAAUUUGAGAAAUCCACAGAUGGCAUCGCGUAGAAUUUACAUGCAGAUGAUCCACAAUGAGAGAAUUGUAAUUCAUAUUGUAUGACCUAAUAAUAUAAUGAAGAAAAGGUAAUCUCUCUCUUCGAAUUGUUAUUUGUAGAACAUGGAAUUUAAAGUUUCAAUUUAGCGAGUAAUUGAUCGCUUGCACUGUAAGCUAUACACUGCUUUUCUUUUACGUCGAAAUGGGUGUCCUUUCUUUUAUCAUCUGCAUGUAUAUAUUCUACUUACAUUUGUGCUGAGAUUAAGAGUUCAUGCGAGUUACAAGAGAAUCAACCAGCAUAUUGCAUAAAGACGAGAGAAUCAACCAAAUAGAAAUAACAAUCUUGAUGCGGUCCACAGUAGUUUACAGAAUAUAAAAACGUUAUGUUUAUUUUUUCACACCGACCAAAUGGUUAAUUUUGCGAAGAGUUAAGUAAACAAUUGUUGGAUACUAGAUAGUUAUUAGACAGCUUGGACCUUUUCUUUUAUUAUUGUUAUUGUCAUUUUAGGAAAUGGUAACAACCUUUCCGUACUUAUCAAACAAUCGUAAAGACGACAUAAUAAUAAGCAGUUUAAUAAUUGUGGAUUAUCCAACAAUCUAUCUACUUUGCUCUGUCUAUUUGUAUUGAAUACUAUCGCUGCUAUUAUGAUAUCUAUAUACUAACAAUCUCUUACAUUAAUAUAAUAUUACCUCUAUUUGUAAUUUAAUGGGAUAAAAUAACAUAUUGUGCUAGUUUCCGUGGAGAAAAGCUAAACGCGGGGCUGCAUUACUUUCGUAUGUAAAUUUUAUGUAUUAAAGAUGUUUUUACGCCACCUUAUUAUUCAUCGUGAUGCUUUUGUCACGAUGAAAUAUCCUUUUAAAUUUUAAUGAUAUAGUCAUGAAAGUCAAGAGUAAUAUUUAGCAUUAUAUAUAUGGGGCAUUUCGCUGAAAUUUAGACACUCUUUUUUCAUACUCUUUCAUACUUUGUAGUUUUUAUGUAAAAUUAAUUAUAGUCUUCAAGAUUUUCCUACGCAAAAAUUUAAAGGUAAAAAAAAUUGAAGUGUCUAAACGUAACUGCCUGAAAACUCAUUGCAAUCGGUAUUUUUCUAUAAUCGGGAUUCUAUCUCUUUCUUCAAAUCACUGAUAUGUACUGAUCUCUGCAACGAUAUAUCAACGAGAUGCUUUCAAGAUAUUUGAUCGAAUCUUGAAAAUCCGAUGCAAUGUAAAACUAUUUAAGAAAAAAAUGCAUUCGUUGAUGUUUACCAUGCGCUACAAAGUUUGGAUAACGAUCAGAUUUAAUAUCUAAUCUGAAAGAAUCAUAAAGGAUUAACUGAUGUAUAACAUAAAUUAAUUAAGCGAAAAAUGUAAUUAGACUGACUAAUUAUGGCUUGAAAUUGUAAAAGCCUAAUAGAGACAUUGCUCGGCACAGAAGAAGUGCUUUGAGAAUUAUCUUAGUAAAUGUUGGCGUAUUAUUAUUUCUACGUAAAAGAGAGACUUUCGAAUCAGUUUCAACGAAAGGAACACCGAGCAUAAGUGCUCAUACAAUACGCAUGUCUCGUCGUUUUUAUUCAGAUUAUACAAAUCGAUAAUGUAUUUUAAAGACUCCGAGUAACUUUUUAUCGUUUAAAUGAAAUUUUAUAAACAUUUUAAUGACGUUGCAUCAACAUAUGUACAUGAAGAGUAAUUUAAUGAAUUAGCAUCGUAGAGUAUAUCGUUCUUUUUUUUUCUACGGAAAAGGAAUGACAAUUCAAAGUACGCAAAGGCCUCAUUUUUUAAUUAUUGCAUACUCGCGUGAAUGUAAUUGUGUCGCUUGGACACCGAACGCGUGACUGGCAGUCCGAUAAAUUAUGUUAAAAUCCGCAAUGUGGAUUUUUCUUCGACUUUCGAAUUUUUCGAGUUAGUUUUCCAACUGGCCGUGAUAUAUUAUGCGAUGUAUCGUAGGCCGUUCUGUGCGAAUAAACAGUAAAGGAUGCGUUACUAAUGAUGAUCUGUUAAACGAGAAGGUUUCGUAGUAAUAUAAACGAAAGAUUAAGGAUUCUCGUGAGUUUCGAGGAGGUAAAGCGAAAAAAAAGGAAGAAAGGAAGUAG